GUCCACACCCAAGGGUAAUCCUUCCGGUCUCUUCCCCCCAUUCCAAAACCUACCAAGCGGUAUUUGGCAGCUUCCAACACCCCGUUACCGUGACAUUGCAUCGACGCUGAUUGGGCCGCCAGAAAUGUCACGCGCCGCGAUUCAUCGGGAUUUUUAAACAAAAGGUAAAAAAAAGUCCUCACAAAAAGGCAUGGAGCACAUUGCAACCGCACAGACUACAUGUACAGUUGUAACGCAGCAUCCAUUCUGCUCCGGUAUUUGGCUUCCCGAGGCCCGGCCGGCCCCCCAUAUCUUCGCCUAUAUGCAAUGCUACGUUCUUUCUUUAUGCAUGCAGAGACACCCACACAGACACAGAGAAGUGGAAACAAAGGCAAAGAGAGAGAAAGAAAAAAAAAGGACCCCAACAGGUUUCGGGGAGAUAUCAAGCCCUUGCCCGUGGGGGGAGGAUGGAUGAGGGCAAGGAAUUCAACCAGCAUAAAACACAUCCAAUUGCGCAAUAAUACGCAUACACCGAAUAAAUCCGAAAAAGCGCUUGGUCGAAACAAGCAAUGCCUGGAAGGGAAAAGGCAACGCAGGGCUGUGAGCCUCCCUCAUUCUGAAAUUUUAACCCUGCCUCUUUUCCCAGUCUGGUCACCGAAAUCCUUUUUCGUGUGUCGGACAACUUUUUUGCGCGGGAUGAGCAAAAGAGCAGAAAAACAACAAGCAAGCAAAAAAGCAGCAGCAAGCAGGCUUCAACCCUGCUCAUACAGCAUCCCACACAAUGGAUAACAGCACGUCACAUCACCCACACUCUCCUUCUCUCUCUCUGCCUCUCUUCUGUGGUGUAUCUUUUUCCAAGAGCCCACUUUCCAAGAUGUCAAUGUCUUUUUUGAUGAGGUUCAUUUA